AUGACAUCAUCAAAUUUAAAUAAAAAUGGUUCACAUAACAAUUUAACAAAUUCAAUGCAUAAAACUCGUAACCGUCCAAAACCUUUAUCACAUAACUCACGUCAGACUCUGGGUGUAUCUCAUUUACCUACUCCUUCACCAACACCGAAAUCACCUUGUUUUGUUCAUUCUAAUCUUAAUCGAUCAUUCUCGUUAUCCGAAAUUAUUAAUAAUUGUGAUGAUAAACUCACGGAAUAUUCAAAUUUAGCUGAGACUGCAGUUAGUGUAAGAGAAUUAUCAAAAAAACUUGGUCAAGCUCAAAUUCAAAUUGGUAUGCAAACUGUUAUGAUAGUCACGAAACCAGGGAAUUUACGUUUGGUUAAUCUUACUCGUAAAUUAGCCAUUUAUUUAAUCACCACCCCUCGUUUUGGUAAAGAUCAUGGUGUCACCGUGUAUGUGGAUAAAGCUUUAAAAGAUGUUAAGCAAUUUGAUUUUCAAGGAAUAUUAGAAGAAAAACCACUUGCAAAGGACUAUUUAAAAUUUUGGACAAAAGAAUUAUGUGCUGAAAGACCAGAGAUAUUUAAUUUUGUUCUUACACUCGGAGGUGAUGGAACAGUAUUAUAUACUUCUUGGUUAUUUCAAAAAGUAGUACCACCAAUUUUACCUUUUCAUCUUGGUUCUCUGGGAUUUUUAACGAAUUUUAAUAUUCAAAAUUAUAAAGAACACCUUACAAAUGCAAUGGAAAAAGGUAUUCGAGUAAAUCUUCGAAUGCGAUUUACUUGUACAGUUUAUCGUCGUAUCAUAAAUCCUGAUAAUAUUAUUAAAGCAAGACGCUGUGGAGAAACUGGAGAAAUCUUGAUGCAAAAUUUUAUGAAUGAUGGAAGUUAUUGGGAAGCUCUUGAAAAUAGUUCACAUUCUGAUACUGCUCACAAAUGUUCUCAUGACAAAGAUUUACCAUUAUUGAUUACUCAACCUGUAGAAUCAUUUGAGGUUUUAAAUGAUUUGGUUGUAGAUCGUGGAGCUGGUCCUUAUAUGA